AGACAAAAUGUCCACUUGCGAUAAAGAAAAAGCCGAGUCAGUAGUGAGCAGAUCGUCGAAAAAGAAGAAAAAUCGUAAAAAGCGAGCUCGUCAGUGGACUGGAUAUGUGGAAAACUUGAAAACCACCUGUGAUUUGAUGUAUGAAAUGUGCAGAAGCGAGCAAUCGGUCACUGGGUGCAAGGAAGCCAUGCUAUACCUCCAAAGUGCCUCAAACGACUUCAAAUCGCUAAUCGAGACGAUAAACGUGGAAAAGCAGUGGGAUCAGGACGAAAACCGGCAAGAACAAAUCAAAAGACCGUCUGUGGCGUGGGAAGUACGAAAAUCCAUGUCUUCACCGAAUCCAGCACUUCCUAUCUCGUCAAUCAUCGCAGAAGCCGUCAAAAAUGCCUCUCCGCCGACGAAUAAGGCAGCGGAGCCAUUCCCAACUCCGUCGUCAUCUAAUCUAACAUAUGCAAGAAUAACCGCCGCCGCUGCAGUUGCCGCCGUCGCCGUAUCUCAACCAGAUGAUGGAUGGAAGCUUGUCACUAAUCGCCGUCGGAAAAGCACUUCAAGCACCACAGCCUCCGAAUUUGAUCGGGAAUUUUCAGUGGAAAAAGAGAAAGAACCUGAAAAUCCGUGUCCACUGAAUGUCUAUGAGAGGCUGUCCAGUACUUCUUAUAAACGUACCUCAACUCGUACGUUAACCUGCCCAAAAAGUGCUAUGGAUCUUCCACAAACACGUGCUUCAAUGGCAAAAAUGGCCUAUAGUCGGCAGUUGUUAUGGGAGAAAAAUCAGCAGGUUCUGGUGGAAAAGCUGCGCCAAAGGCAGAAACGAGAGAAAAAGAGCAAUGUACAGUGCGGUUUCACGUUUGCCGACCCGCUGGCCGUCAGAAAAAGUGUGGAGGAGUUUAAUCAGAAGAAGAUCGGAAGCAGAAGGCAGGGAAAGGAAACACCGACAACCUCAUCAAACAUCGAACUUCACUCAAUAAACGAGGAACCAACUACAGUACACCCAGCUUCAUCUGAAAAUUCAGAAGAUGUUCCAGCAGAUCCAACACCGUCAAGUUCAAUAUCUCAACCACCACCAACUACAACACUUUUCGGAUAUGUUCAAGUACCGGAAGAAUUGGAAAAAGACGAUGAAUGGAGAGAAAUGACUGAAGAAGAAGAAUCGCUGGCUUUAGAGGAGAAUAGUUUGAAUUUGGAGAUAAAACAGGCAGAAGCUAUGGAAAUAGAUGCGGAGCUGGAACGACAGGUUGAAAUGGAAGCGGAUAAGCUUGAACGGGAGCAUCGGAAGAAUCAGAAGAAUUUGAAGAAGGAGGAAAAGAAACAGGAGAAGCAGCAGGAAAUGGAAAAUUUCUUCAAAGUCUUCGAGGAAAUCCGCUCCCUUGCCUGGUCAGAGCUCAUGGAGCAAGAAUCUGUGGCCCAAUACCAGCUUCAUCAUCACCAGAAUGUUCAUGAACCGGGUACCCACGUGGAACGACACGAGAAAAUGCUCAGUCCAUCCCGUCGUCGGGGACAUAAAGAUGAUGAUGAUUUUGGGAAAAGGCAUGAAAUGAAGCAGAAACAUGCAGAAGAGCUACGUCAGCAACUGCAGGAGGCAAAAGCUUCGAAGCUUAAAGAGCUCACGAGCCGAGUUGAGGAAGUUCGGAUGAAGCAGGAGGCCUUGAAAGAAAGAAAACGGCAAUUACUUGAAGCAAGAAUGCAACGAGCUUCCGAUAAUCGUGAUAAGAACAUUAUGGAAGUUAUUAGACGUGCAAAAGAUGAUGAUCAGCGGGUUAUGGAGGUCAAAUUUAUUGCCACGUUGCAAGAGGACAAUAAGAGAUAUGAGCUUUUGGCAAAAGACGCCAGUGUUGAGGAGAAACAGAAGCAACUGGCCGACGAACGUGCCCGAAAACAUGAGGAAAAAGCGGCGAAAAAACGAGAACAGGAGGCUGCGGCGACUGCUCGGCGAGCUCAAGCAGCUGAGCAACGACAGUGUAGAAUACGGAAGCUCAGUGAGCAAAAAGAGAUUAGACACGGGAAGAAAGAAAAUCCUGCUCCAAGUGCUCCAGAAGACAUGCUCCAGUACCUGAAUUCCCUGUUGCUCACGGAGCCCGUCAAUUCUGAGCCACUACCGUAUCUCUGGCCGAGCACCGAGCACUUGGCACCACGCCAAUGCUCCCUAUGCUCCGCCGUUUCUACAGUAAUCCACUCGGAUCUCGACGCGAUUUCUCAUGUUUUGUGCUCAAAAGAGCACCAAAUUCAAGCGAAAACUCUCACAUCUGGAAGUAUGAUUGAAGAGCUCAAACGUCACUUUUUUGGAAUUUUCAAGGAGGUUACUGUAGGUGAUGGCGUGGCAAUUGAGGAGAAAAAUCAACGAGAGGAGGCGAUGAUGAAGGCGAAGGCAUUUUUGGGGAAAAUCCAACUCUCGGAUUCCCUACCAGCUCCUCCAUCCUCCCCACGAAAUCGGACAAAAUGUGUUCGAGACUUCAUCUUGGCACACGAAAAACUCCAAACCAACGACCCAAAAACUCAAGAAAUGCUCGAAAAAUCACUUUCUGAGCUCGUUCAGGCCGUUGAGACCGACUGGAAGGCUUCCACAGCCUCCGCAGACGCCUCAAGCCUAAAUUUGGAACAAUUUUGUGCAAUCCAGGGACCCCAGAAGCUUUUGGAAAUGCUCUUGGAAUGGACAAAAGGAGGUGCCACGUUGCGGCUCUGCAUACGUGUCUGUCACGUUUUUUGCGUGUUUUUGAAGGAUCCAAGGGUGGCCUACGCUGUGAUUUUCAAGCCGGAACUCUUGAAAUUGACUGAGAAAAUUUUGGAGCUGGUUGCGGUGGUUGGGGCUGAAAAUGGCCAAAAUUCGUCCGAAAAUGCUCAAAAUUCGUCCGAAAAUGGCCAAAAUACGACCAAAAAAGGCCAAAAUUCGCCCAAAAAUGCUCAAAAUUCGUCCGAAAAUGCUCAAAAUUCGUCCAAAAAUGGCCAAAAUUCGUCCGAAAAUGACCAAAAUUCGUCCGAAAAUAGCCAAAAUUCGUCCAAAAAUGCUCAAAAUUCGGCCGAAAAUGCUCAAAAUUCGACAAGAAAUGUCCAAAAUCCGUCCGAAAAUGGCCAAAAUUCGCCCGAAAAUGCUCAAAAUUCUCCAAAUUCCCAGAAAUUACCUCAAUUAUCUGCUCUUCUGAAUGUCCUUGCCACUUGCCUGAAAUCUGCUGCUCAGCGAGCAAAUCUACCUGGAAAACCCACGAAAAAGCAUCAAAAAGAGCAAAAAGAGCUUCAAAAACUGGAUUUUUUGGCUGCGCAGGCAAUUUCUGCAGUUUCCAGCUUCCUGAGAAACUCCCUGAGCCCCAAUGACAUUAAGCUUGUGCUCCGUGGAGCUCGUGGUCCGGUUCUUCUGGCCACUCGGCUUCUGGGGCUCGCCGAGCACUCCGGCUCAGCGGAGCUUCUUGGAAUUAUGGGUGGAGCGGUUUUGGAGCACACUUAUGAGCUGAAAAGAGCCGGGGAGCCUUGUAAGGAGCUGGUUUCCAUCGUGAUUCCCGCUUGCUCGGGGAUUUUGAAGAAUAGAUCUGAAAAUUGCCAAAAACUGAUGAUUAUGGCGGUGAUUUUGUUGGAGGACGCGAUGUGGAGCACCACGCAGAGCAUUUUGAGCCAAGGAAACUUGGAGGAAAGACAAUGGGGAUCACUGACAAAAGACGAAGAAAUGCUGUGCAAAUUGACACAAAUGCUCGGAAAUUUGGCGGAUGGAAUGGAGCAUUGGCAGAAGCGUUGCACCAUGAUUUCGUGGACUGGCGGUAGAUCAUCAUGUCUUCAUAUUCUAAUUAAUCAUAUUCCGAUUCGUCUAUUAUCAAUUGGAAAACAUGCGUCACGAUUAGUGCCAACAGUUGCUGAAAAGCUAAUGGAUCGCCUCACAAAUGCUGAAAAAUCAGAGAUUCUUGGUGAUAUGGCUGCUGGAUGGUUUUUCGAGAAUUCCAUGUUUCCCGGCAGGACUUAG